UUUCCUUGCUUUCCAUUGAGCUGGUCGCGGAACAAACUGCACCCGGACGGUUUUCCACCCGGAACGAAUUAACUGAAGGGCUGUGAAGUUCAUUUAAGGACGCUCGUCUUUUCUCGUCUUUCGAACUGUUUAAAGUUUAAUUUCUGUAGCAGGAGGGACUGGGGGCAUUUUGUUUCCUGUAGAAGUGAAUGUUAUUUAAAUUCUGCUGUGCAUUUUGGAGGAAGAUCGGGUGUUGCAAAGAGUGAGGAACGGGUUGCAUAAGGAGAGUUGCGGCCUGACGUUCCGCUGGCACCAUGGCGCUCGCGUUGAGGCUAUUGGCAGGGUGGCCGGGUGUCCGCGCAUCGUGGUCUCGAGUCUGGCCGGGACAGCGGGUCCGCUGGCGGUUUAUCAGACCCUGCAUUGGGAGAAGCUCUGGUUAUCAAGACAAUGUGUCAACUUUUAGAUUGCUCUGUUCAAAGCAGCCAAAAGGUUUUGAGAAGUAUUUCUCCAAGAAUAAGCAGUCAGCAGAAUCAAAAGCUGGUGAGGAGAAAGCAAAGUCAAAGGAGUCUGGAGGAAGUACUGGAGGUGGACCAGGAGGAAGUAGUAAGAAAAGUGGGAAAAAAGGGCAGUCCACAUGGUGGAACCGAAUGCAGAAGGGAGAUAUUCCAUGGGAUGACAAGGAAUUCCGGUAUUUAGCUGUGGGGAUGGCUGGACUUUUCUCUGGAUUCAUGUAUUUCUACUACCGAGAUCCAGGCAGGGAAAUAACUUGGAAAGAUUUUGUAAACUACUAUUUGGCACGAGGUAUGGUUGAUCGCUUAGAAGUUGUCAACAAGCAGUUUGUGCGAGUGAUUUUCAACCCUGGAGCCAAAAGUGAUGCUAGCUAUGUAUGGUUUAACAUCGGAAGUGUGGAUACAUUUGAGCGUAAUUUGGAAACUGUGCAACAGGAGAUUGGAAUAGAACCAGCAAACCGCGUUGCUGUGGUGUAUAACACAGAGAGUGAUGGUUCAUUCGUGCUAAGCAUGUUCCCCACCCUGUUGCUGAUUGGCUUUUUGCUCUACACACUGCGGCGAGGAUCUAUGGCAGCCGGUCGUGGGGGACGAAGUGGUGGACUCUUCAGCGUGGGGGAGACAACAGCAAAGAUGCUGAAAGAUGAGAUUGAUAUCAAAUUCAAAGAUGUUGCAGGAUGUGAAGAAGCUAAACUGGAAAUAAUGGAAUUUGUCAACUUUCUGAAAAACCCUAAACAGUACCAAGAUUUGGGGGCCAAGAUCCCAAAGGGUGCUAUCUUGUCUGGGCCACCAGGAACUGGGAAAACACUUUUGGCAAAGGCAACUGCUGGAGAAGCAAAUGUUCCUUUUAUAACUGUGAAUGGCUCUGAAUUCCUUGAGAUGUUUGUUGGUGUUGGACCUGCCAGGGUGAGGGACAUGUUUGCAAUGGCACGAAAGAAUGCUCCCUGUAUUCUCUUCAUCGAUGAGAUAGAUGCUGUUGGAAGGAAGCGAGGAAGGGGAAAUUUUGGUGGACAAAGCGAACAGGAGAACACUUUAAAUCAGUUGCUGGUUGAAAUGGAUGGAUUUAAUACGAACACCAAUGUUGUUGUACUGGCAGGAACUAAUCGACCUGAUGUACUUGAUCCGGCAUUGAUGAGACCUGGACGCUUUGAUAGACAAAUCUAUAUUGGUCCUCCUGAUAUUAAAGGAAGAGCAUCCAUUUUCAAGGUGCACCUGAGCCCAUUGAAAAUGAAACCUAGUAUUAGUAAAGACUCCUUGGCACGGAAACUCGCUGCACUCACUCCAGGCUUCACUGGAGCUGAUAUUGCCAAUGUAUGUAAUGAAGCUGCCCUGAUUGCUGCUCGGUAUUUAAAUGAAUCGAUCCAUGUGAAGCACUUUGAGCAGGCAAUAGAACGUGUGAUUGGAGGAUUAGAAAAAAAAACACAGGUUUUGCAACCAGAUGAGAAAAGGACUGUUGCGUAUCACGAAGCUGGACAUGCUGUUGUUGGUUGGUUCCUGGAGCAUGCAGACCCUCUCCUUAAGGUGUCUAUUAUACCUCGUGGUAAAGGUCUUGGCUAUGCACAGUACUUGCCUAAGGAGCAAUAUCUUUAUACAAAAGAGCAACUUUUUGAUCGCAUGUGCAUGAUGCUUGGUGGUCGAGUGUCUGAACAAAUAUUUUUUGGUCGAAUCACAACUGGUGCUCAGGAUGAUCUGAAAAAAAUCACCCAAAGUGCUUAUGCCCAGAUUGUUCAGUUUGGAAUGAGUGAGAAACUUGGGCAAGUGUCCUUUGACCUUCCACGUCAGGGUGACAUGCUGGUAGAAAAGCCAUACAGUGAGACCACAGCACAGAUGAUCGACGAAGAGGUUCGUGUUCUUAUUGGGAGAGCAAGCCAGAGGACCUUCACAUUAUUGAAUGAAAAACGACUGGAAGUUGAAAAAGUGGCUGAACAUUUGUUACAAAAGGAAGUACUUGAUAAAACUGACAUGAUUGAUCUUUUGGGACCACGGCCAUUUGCAGAGCAAUCCACAUAUGAAGAGUUUGUAGAAGGAACGGGCAGCUUUGAAGAAGACACCACUCUGCCUGAAGGUCUAAAGGAUUGGAACCAGGAGAGGGAGGAGAAUAAAGAGGAAUUGCCACAGAAACAGCUGGCGUGAAAUACCUCAAGCAUCUUUCUGCCUUUGACAAUUGGAGAGCUUGAUGCUGUCCUAAUUUAGUUUGCAUUGCAAAUACAAGGUGAAACUGAAUACACUGUAGUUUGGAGCAGUUCAUAUUUUAAAUGGCACAUGAUGACUAAGGUAGUAUGAAGCAACUCCUGCAGUUCCAACUUGCAUUGACCUAAGUGGCAUGUUGAUUUAUGAUUCAGUUAGAGAAGGGAUCUGCUGAGCCUGCUGGACUCCUGGAACUCGGAUGAAUCUGAUAAUGUUAUUUUUCUCUGUCUGGAGGGAGUAUUGUGUGUAUCAAUUUGCAAAUGAAAGACAAGGGUAAAUAUAAAGGAUAAAGGGGGAUAAAAGUAAUAAAUUUCAAAUGAUUAUAAGCUCACAGUUGCUAAAAGAUUUGAAAUUUUUGCAAAUGUGAAUGUUCAUCUGUGAACAAACACCACCUUUCUUUGUACUUUACAAUAUUUGUGGUUUUUUGUUAUCUUAAUUAUUUUCACUGUAUACUAAACAAAUUUUGUAACAUGAAACAUUAAGCUGCUCAGGGUGUUCAAGUCAAAUCUGAAUAAAACUCGGGAGACCAGCUUCUUAUAGUUACAGCAGUUUAUUGCACACCCUCCUGCAGGAGUUUGAAACCCAGUUGUCAAAGGGAAGGCACAUAAGUACUGCCACCAUCCGACAAGUGGACCCCUUAGUCAGGUUACAGCCAAAUAUUUAUACAUAGUAAGUCCCAUACAUUAUUGCAGAUGUUAUUAGAACUGGUACUCCCACCAAGUCUAUUGGUGCAAAACUUAGUUACAGAUAAGAGAGUUCAUUAAAUCAAGAUUUUAAUUACAGAUGGAUGUACUGUCCAGUCCUUAUCGGUUAUUCCCUUUACAAGGCCCUGACUUAAUUACAGAUGGAUGUUCAUUCCUGUCCUUAUCAGUGAGUCCUCUUCUUACUCAAACGAGGGUACAAUAUAUAAUGUUAUCAACUCUCAAUGUCUCCCUCUGCAUACCAAAGGAGAACUAAUAUAAGCUGGGUUUUUUUUAGCUAACUGUUGAAGACAGAGUUUAUUUCAGUUCAAAAACUCCUAUUUAGUCCCAAUGAUUAUUCUAGCCAGAGGUUACAUAGGUUCAAAAUGAUUUUUUUUAAUAUCCUCAAUUUCUCAAGGGUUUCUUUUCUUUUGGAUAAUAUGCCCAGGCCUAACCUAUUGUACAGCAAGUACAUUGAAAGUAAUUCACAAUCAGUAUGGUAUUUCAAGUUGUUUUUAAAUUGCAUUUCAAACCAACAUUUCAUAUAGUAGGAAUCAACCUAAGCAAAUGCAACUUGUUAAAUUAGCAUUCUGUAAGAAUGCUUAUUAAGUGGUUAAUUUCUUUUCUGAAUUGACCAUGUUUCAGUAACUGUCAGUCUUGUGUCACAAUGGCUAAUAAAUUUUCUAAGCAGUCAAGGUUGAGUUUAUUGUCAUACAAUGAUAUUCUUAGCAUAUUGCUGCUGGUUGUUCAGAAACUGAUCAGUGUGACAUGUUUAAAAAUAUGUACAUAAUGUCUAGUAUUUAAAUUUAUUGUACUGUAGUCCAGGGUGAAACAAUGAGAUCUUUUUGGGAGAUGAACUGAAUAUAUUGCCAUAGUUGACUACUGAUUUCAAAAGAGAAAUUUCUGAACAGGGUUUUAAUUGGCUCAUUGAUUUUUUUUUGUAUUGCAGGCAGUGAAUAAAUAUACAAAAUAAUUUUCCCUUCUCAAUAUUAAAAAAUGAACAAUAAUAUCCCUUUAUGAUGCCCAAGCAUUUGUGUCACAUUUCCACCUAGUUAUUUUCCACAGAAAAUGUUGAGUUUUGCAUUUUCUAUCUGCAGCUACUGAACCCUAGCAUGCAGCUUACAUUCUCUUACCUGUUUUUAACUUAGCAGUUCAGAUGAUGGUAAAUGAGUUGGUGUAUGCAACUGACUUUUUUAACCAUGUCAGUAGAAGUGGCUUAAUAUUAAUUGUUUCUUUGAAAAUAUGUCCUUAGUAAAUAAGGACUUUCAUGUCCUGAGGAGAAUGGGACCAUUUGGCUAAUGGGAUCAGAGAGUUGACUGAUAGAAGUUUUACUUGUCCAUCCAGCAUCUGUGGAUAUUUUCAGUACCUGCAAUAUGUUGCCUUUUUAAACCUAUAUUACCGCUUUUGUUUAAAAGUACAAAUUUCAUUCUGAGCUAUUCCCAAAAUUCUUUCCAAAAGACAAAAAUGUCAAAAAAACUUGAACAAGGAUUAUUAUCUUGUAAACCUGGCAAAGUUCUGUUUAUAGAAUCUGAUUUAAAGCACUAAUGAGGUGUUAAAUAUUCUGGUUUUGUUAUCUCUUGUGUAGUUGAUUUUAUUUUUAUAUAUCUGUGAUUCAGAUAUUGAUCAUUGCUUUCAUUCUGUAGUAUGUCUUGUUCAUCUCUUAGAUAAAACUUUGAAAGCUGUUGUUUCCUUUUGCCAUUUUUAUAUUAAAGUAAGGUAUGGUCAUUAA